CGACCCGACCCGACCCGAAUUCCUUUUCCCGCUCAACCUCUUUCGAAAUUCGGCUGCUGUAAUAAGGUCGUCUUGGAAAUUGGAAUUUGACAGUCGGCAUAUGCCGAAAGAAUGGCUUCGCGGAUCGGAGUUGAUCUUUGGGCGGAAAUCGUGGAGGAGGACGAGGAAUAUCAGCCACGGAGGGGAGUUUCGAAGCCUGAUAUUGCUGUUAUAUAUCGGAGGAAAUGCAGCGACGUCGUUGUAAGGAGGCAAUCGGAUACAAGUAGUGGGAAUAAGCCGAGGAAGAGCCUUGCAUCUGUUAAGAGAGUCAGUUGGAAUCGCUCACUAUCUACCAGAGGAAGAACUAGCAUUGCUGCCACUGCAUGUGUGGAACAUCAGCCACAACAAAGGAAGCCUAGAAGAAAUGCUAAGCCACCUGUUCCAAGAGGAAAAGCAGCUCAACUUCACAAUUAUGACAAAGAGCGGGCUUAUUUUCAGGACGUUGAUGCCUUUGAAUUGCUUGUAGAGAGUCCUUCACCCAAGAAGCCUGCAACGUGGAUAAUGAACACCGAAGCUGAAAAUGUUAUCUUACCACAUUUAUCCUCAGUAUUACGAAAAUGGCUGAUCUCUAGGAAGUUAAAUCCUACUUAUUCUUUGCAUGGAUCACUUUCUAAAAUAUUGGAAACCCCUGCAAUAUCCAAGGAGCCCAUCUUCCAUGAUAGUUUUACCUCUUCAGCUACAAUAAUGCACCAAAAAGACUAUAUGGAAGUUUGUUCAAGCUCACAUUCUACCCAACAAAGUCCUAAAUCACAUCUGAGCAAUAAACACGAUUCUGAAAUGGCAGUAGAAGAGUCAUGUGAAGAAAUUGAAGCUGCAGUUGGUAAACUAUCUUUGACUUCAAGGCCUUCACUUGAUGCUCAGGGCUGGAAUUCUUUUUCAGCUCUUCUGACUGCUUGUGGUCAGUCAGCUCCUUCAACAAUGACAGAAAUUUUAUUGAGCUACUGUGAUUGCAAAAAUAUCACGAAGGUUGGAGAAGGAACUUAUGGAGAAGCUUUCAAGGUUGGAGAUUAUGUUUGUAAAAUUGUCCCAUUUGAUGGAGAUUUGCAAGUCAAUGGAGAAGUGCAGAAGAAAUCAGAAGAACUAUUGGAAGAAGUUGUGCUUUCCUGCACUCUCAAUCGCCUCAGAGGACAUGAGGGUGACAUAUAUAAUGCUUGCACUACUUUUAUACAAACAAUAGAUUUGAGGGUGUGCCAAGGAAGUUAUGAUUCUGCUCUAGUAAGUGCAUGGGAGGAGUGGGAUGGAAAGCAUAGUUCAGAAAAUGACCAUCCAAAGGAAUUUCCUUCUGAUCAGUGCUAUGUUAUGUUUGUUCAAGAACAUGGUGGUCGGGACCUUGAAAGCUUUGUGCUUCUAAAUUUUGACGAAGCACGAAGUCUGUUAGUUCAGGUCACUUCAGCUUUGGCUGUAGCAGAGGCUGCAUAUGAGUUUGAACACAGAGAUUUGCAUUGGGGAAACAUUCUCUUAAGUCGGAAAGGCUCUGCUUCUCUGCCAUUCAUUCUUGAAGGAAAGACGUUACAAAUCAAAAGUUUUGGAUUGGUUGUCUCCAUAAUUGAUUUUACACUCUCAAGGAUGAAUACAGGGGAGGAUAUACUUUUUCUGGAUCUAUCAUCAGACCCGGAACUUUUUGAGGGUCCAAAGGGAGAUAAACAAGCAGAUACUUACAGGAAGAUGAGGAAUGUCACUGAUGAUCGCUGGGAGGGAAGCUUCCCCAAGACAAACGUGCUGUGGCUGCAAUACUUGGUGGACAUUUUGUUGUUGAAGAAAUCCUAUGAAAGAACCUCUAAAGAUGAAAGGGAUCUGCGGUCUCUAAAGAAACGCUUAACUAGUUACAGCUCUGCUAAAGAAGCAAUUACCGAUUCAUUCUUCAGCAACUUGCUGGUGGAAGAAUCAUGAAGCUUGCAUGCAUAGCAGGAUAUGCACUUCAGGUAUAAUACUGUAAAUGGAAAUAUGGAUUACCCCUUGUUAUUAGAUAUCCUGUGUUGGCUUUCGUCAUUCUGGCAUGCAACAAAGACACCAUGUAAGAAGAGAGUAGGGACACUUAUCUCGUCACUGUGUUGCUGUCAUCUAGAUAAGUAUGGGAUAUCACAUCAAACUUGAAUUUGAUGCUUAUAUCAGCCCACUACUAUUUCACCAGAUAAAUUAAGUGUUCUAUCUCUAAGCAAUCCAUGAGGUAAGAAAACUUUGCCGAUGCUUAUCUAUUUAUACGUAUCUGUUAUUGUUUGUGAGAAUCCAGUCAGAUAUGAGAAACUUUUGUAUCUUUUCAAAAGAGGUCAAUAGAUGAGGCCACAUGGUUGGGGGGCCUUUAAUGUGGCCUAAUAGAUUAUAAGAUAACAAUAGGGUGUGUCAUGCAUCUGAGUUGAUUCUUGAAGAAAGAACAAAAGCUCUGUAAAGACCAUAUGAAAAAAAAAAAAGUCUUUCUGCCGUUAAUCCUAACCUUAUGAUGAGUGGUCCACGAUUUCAGUAGUGCAUCGAAAAGUAGAAAUUUAAAAUGUUGCCAGUUUGGCAACAUUUUUCAAUGAUAUUUUUAGAGCUUGAGUUAGUUAAUUGAAAGAGUAGAUUAAAAGGGUUUAUAUGAAGUGCUUAAUUUGUGUUCAGUAAAUUGAUUAGGAUUUUUGGUUUUUGUAUGAGAAUUGGAAGGCCAGAUGAGAUUUAUAUCAACCGUUUCAAUUUCUUUUUCUUGAGAUUCAUCUUUGGUUACAUGCAUGUUUAUCAAUUCCCAAAAGCCUUUUUAUGAAUGCAUGUGUUGUGUACAUGCAAGAUUCUGUUUAGGUUGAGGCAACCAUAAAGAAUCACGAAUUCGAAAAAUGAGUCAGGUGAAAAGGAUACUGAGGUAUAAAUGUCUGUUUUUUAUUAAAUGGAAAGUACUUGCAUUCUUUUAUUUGAAGUUCCUGUCACUACAUAUAUGACAUAUAUUUUACAUAAAACUUGUUAUGCACAAAUAUAUGUCUAAACAGGUUAUAAUAGUAACAAAAGCAGUAAUUAA